CAAAUUUGUUUUUAGAUUAACAUGAAAAAUAGAGAACUAUCCUGAAGGAAAUAGAACAGAUAACUUGGUAGAAGGGGUUGCCAGGAAAGAAGGGAAAGAAAAAGUCUGGAUUAUAACCAGAGGCACAGAACAUGGGAAUGUGAGGAUAAUAGGUGCUUGGAGCUGUCAGUGAUGAGGACAAGUAAAUGGACCUAGAGCAUGAGACACAACUCAGGUUUGAUUCUAGGUCGUUCAGUUGGAGCCUGGCACCUAGAAGGCCAAUACAAGUUUGUUGAAUUAACAACUACUAGAGGACACUUCAGCUAUAAAAGGUGUCAGGUGGAUUCAAAGCCCUAUCCACCCCACCUCCCAAGCUCAGCAAAUGGUACAUACAGUGUAGGACAGUUUAUUUCCUCUUUCCACACUAGACUUCACACAAUGCUUACGUGGAAGCUGAGAGGUAAAGGAUUCCAGCCCUGGAUACUUCCCCAUAAGCUACUGCACCCUCCUACACUGACUUUCCAGCCAGAGGCUACUGGAUGCAUCAACCUCUGGUAGCAGAGAAGAGAUAAACCCUGCCACGAAUAAAUAAGUAUAAAAAAACCAUCCUUUUGUUGUAAGGAUGUUGCUAAUCACCAGGCUGAACAGACAAUUCGGGAGAAAAAGAAAAACACCAGGCAAGGAAAACCGGGAAAAUAGGCCUAAGCAGAGGAGGCUGCUUUCCGUCUUGCUCUUCCAGCCCUGGGGUCCCAGGCUCAUAAGGGUUGAUGCGGGGGGGGGGGGGAGCAUCCCUCAGGGAGCCCCAAAAAUCACCCGCCCCCGACUUUACACCUCAUUCCUCAGCCUUUCUCCUUCCUUCAGCCAAACAGAACGGGGCAGAGGAGGACCGGGAUUUCGGGGAGCAUGUUCAACACCUGGAAACCCAUGUGGGUUGUAUUGUUAGAAGAUGGCAUUGAAUUCUAUAAGAAGAAAAGUGAUAACAGCCCCAAAGGAAUGAUUCCGCUGAAAGGAAGCACUCUGACUAGCCCUUGCCAGGACUUUGGCAAAAGGAUGUUUGUGUUUAAGAUCACUACGACCAAACAGCAGGACCACUUCUUCCAGGCAGCCUUCCUGGAGGAGAGAGAUGCCUGGAUUCGGGACAUCAAAAAGGCCAUUAAAUGCAUUGAAGGAGGCCAGAAGUUUGCCAGGAAAUCUACCAGGAGGUCCAUCCGACUGCCAGAAACCAUUGACUUAGGUGCCUUGUAUUUGUCCAUGAAAGACACUGAAAAAGGAGUAAAAGAACUGAACCUAGAGAAGGACAAGAAGAUUUUCAAUCACUGCUUCACAGGUAACUGUGUCAUCGACUGGCUCGUUUCCAAUAAAUCUGUUCGGAAUCGUCAGGAGGGCCUGGUGAUAGCCUCCUCCUUGCUCAACGAAGGGUACCUGCAGCCUGCUGGAGACCUCUCCAAAACCGCGGUGGACGGAACUGCUGAGAACCCUUUCCUCGACAACCCCGACGCCUUCUACUACUUUCCAGACAGUGGGUUCUUCUGUGAAGAGAAUUCCAGUGAUGAUGAUGUGAUUCUGAAAGAAGAAUUCAGAGGGGUCAUUAUCAAGCAGGGAUGUUUACUGAAGCAGGGGCAUAGGCGGAAGAACUGGAAAGUGAGGAAGUUCAUUCUGAGAGAAGACCCUGCGUAUCUGCACUACUAUGACCCUGCUGGGGGGGAAGAUCCCUUGGGAGCGAUUUGCCUGAGAGGUUGUGUGGUGACCUCAGUGGAGAGCAACCCAGAUGGCAAGAAGAGUGAAGAAGAGAACCUCUUUGAGAUCAUCACGGCUGAUGAAGUUCACUAUUUCUUGCAAGCAGCCACCCCAAAGGAGCGUACCGAGUGGAUCAAAGCCAUCCAGGUGGCCUUCCGGACAGGGAAGUGAGGACACACCGGCGACCUGCACCACCCUGCUUCCCGAGGGAACCUCAUGGAUAAGCUCGGUCCAGGACCUGGCCACUUCUGCGACAGAUCAACGAGAAAGGGCCCAGGGGUGGGACAUUGUCAUCUUCGGGGGUCCUGAAUGUAACUAACCACGUGCUGCGUGAUGUUCGCCUACACCGACCGCAUUGCUCACUGAAGCCUCUCUGCCACCACUCCCUGUGUCCCCCAGGCAGAUUGACAAGCUGUGUGGCCUGGGCACGUUGCUUACCCUCUCCAGGCCUCAGGUUCCUCCUCUGGAAAAUGAAGGAAUUGAACUAGGAGAGCCCUGAGGUCCUCCCUAGCUUCAAAAGCCCCGCGAUUCUAAUACCCAUGGCAGUGCAGCUGUGGAGUCCCUCUGUGACCAAGUCUUGGCCUUCAGAACCUGAAACAACUCUU